GUGGAGUGGGCGUGGCCAGGUGUUCAGGUAGUUUUCCGUCUCCAGAGACAAUGAAGUGAGGUGCAGCAGUUUCCGGCUCAGACACAGAUCCAGAAGGAUUUUUCAUCAUGGCGUCUUUAUGGGAUGACCUGGACAGCCUCGUGAACACGCCCUCGUCUUUCUCAGCACCAGCUGGAGAAAGAGGAACUGUCAAACCCAAAGCCGACUUCGAUGCAGGAGAAGAUGCGGUGGCUCUGAGGAAGGCCAUAGAAGGACUCGGCACCACCGAGAAGACGCUGAUUGACAUUCUGACGCAUAGAAGCAGCUCUCAGAGGCAGCUCAUCUGUGCAGCUUAUCAGGAGGCGACGGGCAGAACGUUGCUGGAGGACCUGAAAGGGGACACCCACGGAGACUUUGAGGACCUGCUGGUGGCGCUCAUCACCCCUCCUGCGGUGUACGACUGCCACGAAGUGAUGCGGGCCAUGAAAGGAGUUGGGACCAAAGACAGCGUCUUGAUUGAAAUCUUUGCCUCCAGGUCCAACCAGCAAAUCCAAGCUCUCUGUGACGUCUAUCUGAAAGAAACAGAGAAGCAGUUGAUGUUGGACCUGAAGACGGAGGUUUCUGGAGACUUCUCCAAAGCUCUGCUGCUCCUGGCUGAGGGUAAGAGGGACGAGGGCACCACAGUGGAUGCAGACAAGGCCAAAGAAGACGCCAAGACUCUUUAUGAUGCCGGUGAGAAGAAGUGGGGCACAGAUGAAUCUAAAUUCAUCGACAUCCUCUGCCACAGAAGCAUACCUCAACUGAGACAGACUCUUGUCGAAUACAAGAACAUCAGCGGAAAGACGCUGCAGCAAAGCAUCGAAGGGGAGAUGUCCGGAGAGCUGGAGGAGCUGCUGGUGGCCAUCGUGAAGUGUGUGAAGAGCGUCCCGGUUUACUUUGCAGAACGCCUGCAUGAGAGCAUGAAGGGCGCCGGCACAGACGAGUCCACCCUGAACCGGAUCAUGGUGAGCCGGUCCGAGAUCGACCUGCUGGACAUCAGAGCCGAGUUCAAGAAGCUGUACAGCCACUCGCUGCACUCGGCCAUCGAGUCGGAUCUGUCGGGUAACCACGGUGACUGUGUGAAGUCCAUCUGUGGAGGAGACGACUAAAAACAAAAGAGGCGGAAGGAGGAAACCGGCUACGUCUUUCUCUCUGUCGGCCUACACUACUUCUUCUUCUACUACUACGAUGCUUCGCUCCAGCUGUAACUGGUGUUUGCUCAUGAAUCCUGAGCCUCCUGCUUGUUACUGUAGAGACCGACUGAGAGGAAACAGCAGUUUUCAUCAAAGUUUCUGUUUUGUUUCAGUCUGAUUGUCACGGGAAUUAUCGAAAGACUCUGCUGAAAGUUUGUGGAGGAGAUGACGUGUGCUGAUGGUUUCUUCUUCUCUCAUUAGACGUCCAUGUGCAAACACAUGAAUCUCUUUAACUCUGUGUAGCGUCGUUAUUUUCUU